UCAAAAAUACCAAGCAUCACUUUAGAGGGCUACAUAACAAGGUAAGACCGGCUAUUCUACCUCAUGUUUAUAUUCUUCAUGUGAGUGGACUACUCCAACGUUAACACUACAAAGGAAAGAUGCCUGAAUACAAAGGGGUCAUAACGACUGAAAACCGUCUCUGGGCGAGAUCUUGGGAUUGUAUCUCCAUUAAAGUAGUGGGGACAGAUGGGGCGAGCCAAUGGAAAGCCCUCUCGUAUCUUCUCUCAUUCCCUGAAUCUGAUUUUGAAAUUGAGGUGGACCGCUCCAUUGGCAAACUGGUACUGAUUGAGCUGAAAAAAAGCUCUGGUAUUCUGCUGCCACAAGACUCCUGGUUCCCUGCCAAGGUGGAGCUCAAGUCCCCUGAAGGAAAGACCUUCUACUUCCCCAUCCAUCGCUGGAUCACCGACGAUGAAGUACAUCAGUUCAGAGAGGCCACAGCUUGUUUAGUGGUUGAUGACACCUAUCCUCUUGCGAUCCAAAGCAGAACAGAAGAGUUAAAACUGAGAACAGAACAGUAUUGCUGGAACAUUUAUGCAGUGGGCCUUCCUCAAUGUAUGAAGAUUGACAAUGUUCAUACUCUGCCUGACGAGGUCCGUUUCUCCUUCACUAAAGAAGUGGAGUUUGGAUUCACCGCUUUACAAGGGCUGAUAGAGCUGAAACUCGACGGACUAGCGGAUUGUAAAGAAAAGUGGACGAGCAUUGAUGCCAUCGGCAAAGUCUUCCGCCACAAACAAACUGCACUGUCUGAAUACGUUCAGCAGAACUGGAUGAAGGAUUCUCUAUUUGGCUACCAGUUUCUAAACGGUGUCAACCCAAUGGUGAUCCGUUGUUGUUCGGUGUUGCCGGAAAACUUCCCUGUCACCGAUCAAAUGGUGUUCCUCCACGGCGGGAAGAGCCUAGCAGAAGAGAUGCAGAACGGAAACAUAUUCCUGUGUGACUACAAACUCUUGGAUGGAUUGAAAGCCAACGAGGUUAAUGGCAAGCAGCAGUACCUGAUGGCCCCACUCGUCCUGCUCCACAAAACCCCUGAGGAUCAGCUGCUGCCCAUAGCUAUCCAGUUGAAGCAGGAACCAUCAAAGGACAACCCUAUCUUCUGUCCUGCCGACUCAGAGUACGACUGGUUGUUGGCCAAGAUGUUUGUCAGAAGUGCAGAUUUCCAGGUCCACCAGCUUAACUCCCACUUCCUCCGUACUCAUCUUCUGGCAGAAGUCUUUUCUGUCUCAAUCCUGCGUAACCUGCCCAUGGUGCAUCCGCUGUACAAGCUCUUGGUUCCAAACACUCGCUACACCCUCCAGAUUAACUUCCUAGCUCGGGAGCUACUCAUAUCUGACAGUGGAUUUUUCAAUAAGUUCACCGCUUCUGGUGGAGAGGCUAUGCAAAUGAUUCUGCAACGAGCCAAUUCAUCUAUAACCUACACCUCGCUCUGCGUUCGGGAUGACAUCAAGGAGAGAGGGCUGGAGUCUGUGCCCCACUUCUACUACAGAGAGGAUGCUUUCCAGAUUUGGGACAUCAUCAACAGGUUUGUUCAGGGAGUGCUUGGCUACUACUACAAAGACGACUCUGAUGUCCAGCGAGACACAGAGCUACAGACCUGGGUUCUGGAGAUCUUUGAACAUGGAUUCCUUUCACGGCCAGAAUCUGGAAUGCCUCAAAGAUUGAACACUGUAGCUGAGCUGGUGAAAUUCGUCACCAUGGUGAUCUUCACCUGUUCUGCCCAGCACGGUGCAGUCAACAACGGCCAGUUUGACUACGGAUCAUGGAUGCCCAAUACUCCAACGACCCUACAGCGCCCCCCGCCGACCACCAAGGGAACUGCAGAUGAAAGGUCCCUCCUGGAAACUCUCCCUGAUGUCAACGCCACCGUUCAUGGCAUGGCUGUCAUGUAUCUGCUCAGCAAGCCGUCCAGUGAUUUUGUGCCCUUUGGCCACUACCCUGAAGAGUAUUUCUCUGAAAUAGUCCCACGCCAGCAGAUGCACCUCUUCAAAGGGGAGCUGGGACUUUUAAAUUCAAAGAUUGAAGCCAGAAACUUGGGUCUGAAAAUCCCGUACACGUUUCUGGACCCAGCGUUGCUGGAGAAUAGCGUAGCCAUCUGAUAGCAUGAGCUAUGGGGGGCAGGAGGGUCUGGUCCUGGAGGUGGACUCCCAGCUGAAGGGUUGGGUUCAAACUCCAUUGUCCACACUACCUUCUUCCUACUAUGCAAUAUGAAUAAUUAUUAGAGUAUUUUCAAGAAUCAUUUAAUUCUUAAAUUUUUAGAACUGUGAGGAACAUAUCUGAUAAUGUGUGCAAAAUGUUUGUUCCUCUGAAAUGGUUGGUUCCUGCAAAAAAUUAACAUUAGGCAUGUGUAGUACAUUUGAAACACUCAAUUGUGAACGCUUCUUUACUUCUGCUUAUGUAUCUCCUGCACCUUUUUCAAUUUCACUAUGAUGCAUCCCUUUUUCUUCAGUGGUUCGUUUUAAUUCAUUGAUUCAUUGUUCUCAUGCUCUUCAUACAUGUCAAGACCAUCCACAGGUGUCAUGCCCAGUAAGUACCCUGAUAUAAAGCGUGUCCCAGUUUGCGGGAGUGCGCAUGCAUUCAGGGAAGGGGGAGCUAUCAUUACUAUGCUACGAUUUAACUUAACAAAAUUAUAAGACACAUUUGGAUUGUUUGAUUUAUCUUUUUAGUUUUGUACUUUCAUCAACAAGGCAGCGAGGUAACACUUUGCUUAUUGCUCAGAAUCAAUGCUUCUUCUCUAACCUUUGUAUUAUUAAUUGCAAUGAAUUGAGAAUGUUUACUGGAAGGCAAUGAUGUUUUUCUUUCUAUCAUUUGACAAUGCUGAUAUAUUUCUUAGUCAUCCUUUGUCAGGUAAGGAUUUUGUCAAUUUAUAUUCCAGUUCGAUGCUGUAAAAUCAAGAUGCUAUUACUCUCCUCACUUAUAUUUACUUGACUCAAGUUUUACAUUUAACUGAAGGAGGCAUUGUAAACCACAUUUGUUUUUUUUAAUCUACUCCAAAUUUAAGCCUACCUUAUGAUAUUGUUGUAAAGGAUACUGAAUUCAACCUUCUUGAAGGGUAAAUAAUAAAAAAACGAUCAUGAUUACAAUGUAUUGUAU